UGUCAACAUAAAAGUAAUUUUUCAUAAACAAAUAAAAUGGGGGAUUAUUCUGUAAAUCAGCAAGACUUUUAUUGGGGGCAACAAGGAGAUGCUACAGGCAAUGGAUAUUACAACCAAGACUACACCCAAUUUGAGAAUCAACAACUUGACUUCAAGAACGUUAGCGAAUAUGAAAACACAGCUUACGCAAGUUACGCGGCACCACAAAUGUAUACACCCACGGACUUCGUUGAUGAGAAGGGCGGUGUAGAUGAAUUUGAUGAACCACCCUUACUCGAAGAGUUAGAAAUUUAUCCUGAUAGAAUACUGGAGAAAGUCUGUGCGGUUUUAAACCCAUUAAGAGCCCACAGUCUAGCUGAUGACGCAGAUUAUCUAACCAAGGAAGCAGAUCUGGCUGGACCCAUAUUUUUUUGUUUAUUAUUAGCCAGUUGUUUGUUUAUGUCAGGCAGCAAAGUACAAUUUGGUUAUAUCUAUGGAAUAUCAACUACAUCUUGUGUCUUAAUGUAUGUGUUAUUAAAUUUGAUGUCACACUCCAGUGGUACUUUCUCUCUAAGCACUGUUGCAAGCAUACUAGGAUAUUGUUUGAUUCCAAUUGUGGGGCUAUCGAUAAUAGGACUGUUUUUUAAAUUCAGUGGACUGAUUGGUGUAGUUUUGUCUGCCCUUGUAGUCAUUUGGUCCAGUUUCUCUGCUUCCAGAUUGUUUACAACAGUGUCAGGUGAUAAACAACAGCAACCGCUUAUUGCUUAUCCCUGUGCAAUUAUUUAUGGUGUAUAUAUUUUAUUGGUAGUAUUUUAAGUAAUAUAUUAGAGUUAUGUGUAUCUAUUUUUUUACUAAAUUGUAAAUAACAGCUACUACAUGCUAGCAAAAACCAAAAUGGAAUUAAUAAAUAACAUCAUCUUA